CUGCUGCAGCAAUGGCUGAAGCAAUGAAACUGCAGAAGAUGAAACUCAUGGCUAUGAACACACUUCAGGGAAAUGGAAGCCAAAAUGGGACUGAAUCAGAGCCUGAUGAUCUUAAUUCUAACACAGGUGGAAGUGAAUCCUCCUGGGAUAAGGAUAAGAUGCAGUCUCCUCUUGCUGCUCCUGGACCUCAGCAUGGAAUUGCUCAUGCAGCAUUAGCUGGGCAGCCAGGCCUUGGGGGUGCUCCUACCCUUAAUCCACUGCAGCAGAACCACUUGCUAACCAAUAGACUGGAUCUGCCAUUUAUGAUGAUGCCUCAUCCUCUACUUCCAGUCAGCUUACCUCCUGCAUCAGUUGCCAUGGCAAUGAAUCAGAUGAACCAUCUCAAUACUAUUGCCAACAUGGCUGCUGCAGCCCAGAUUCACAGUCCACUCUCCAGAGCUGGUGCCUCUGUUAUAAAGGAGCGGAUCCCAGAGAGCCCUUCUCCUGCUCCCUCCCUGGAAGAGAGCCAUCGCCCUGGGAGCCAGACCUCCUCCCACCCCAGUAGCAGUGUGUCCAGCUCUCCCUCUCAGAUGGAUCAUCAGUCAGAGAGAAUGGUUAUGAUGCCCAACAAUAGAGAGGAACUUAUUGUUGAUCAUGAUAAUGGACCAACCAUCAAAAAAUUCCAAAGGGAUAAUAAAGAAGAAGUACCUGUUCAAAUUCCACUGAUGAAGUCACCCUUGGACAAGCUUCAACUGGCUCCUGGGCAGGCCUUGCCCCCUGGAUUCCCUGGACCAUUCAUUUUUGCUGAUAGUCUAUCCUCCGUGGAGACUCUGUUGACCAACAUUCAGGGUCUGCUGAAAGUGGCUUUGGAUAAUGCUCGUAUCCAGGAGAAGCAGAUUCAGCAAGAAAAGAAGGAACUGCGAAUGGAGCUCUAUAGAGAGAGAGAGAUUAGAGAAAACCUUGAAAGACAACUUGCAGUUGAGCUUCAAAGCAGAACUACCAUGCAAAAGCGCCUGAAGAAGGAGAAAAAAGCCAAAAGAAAACUGCAGGAAGCCUUGGAAUUUGAAUCAAAGCGCAGGGAACAAGUGGAACAGGCGCUUAAGCAAGCCACAACUAGUGACAGUGGCCUGAGGAUGUUGAAAGAUACUGGAAUUCCAGAUAUUGAAAUAGAAAAAAAUGGGACUCCUCAUGAUAGUGCUGCUAUGCAAGGUAUGGUAAACAGUGUCCUUCUUACUACAACUGCUUAA